GCAUGCGCCUACCUACCUGCAGGUAGCGUCCCGUUGCUAGGCAACAAGCCCGCGCGCCCCUGGGCUGGAGACCGCCUGGGGCAGAGAGAGAAGAGUGCUUGCUGAGAGCUGAGCAGACAACGCUGGGCCGAGGUGAUCUUCCGGACCCAGGGAUUGAAGCCACGUCUCCUGCGCUGACAGGCAGAUUUUUACCACUGAGCCACCUGGAAAGACUGCAUACCUGGAUAAUCCAGUAUAAUUUCCCCAAAACAAAAAAUGCUUAAUUUAAUCACAUCUGCAAAGUCCCCUUUGUCAUAUAAGAUCAGAAAGCUGAGGCUCGGAGAGACUUGGUAACUUGCUGAAGAUCACGCAGCUAAUAAACAGGAGACCCAGGACUGGAACUUGCCCGCCAGGAUGGAAACCAAUUACCUGAAGAGGUGCUUUGGAAAUCACCUGGCCCAGGCUCUGGCAGAAGUGGCUAUGGUUCAGCCCAGUGACCCCAUAGAGUACCUGGCUCACUGGCUUUAUCAUUACAGGAAAAUGGCAAAAGCAAAAGAAAAGGAUAGACAAGAGAAGAUCCAGCUGCAGAGAGAAUAUGAAAAUAGCCUCAAAGGAACCAGAAUGGCAGAAAUGCUGAAGCAAGAAGAACGUGAGAUUCAACAGCAGUGUGAAAAGUAUCAUCACCAGCUGGGGAGGAGAAACUCGGCGGUGGGCACAAACCCACAUCCCAUGCCACUGAUAUCUGUAGCAGGUUCCUUGGAGAAGACUAAAUUCAUGCAGGAGAACAGAGAACCCCUUGAGAAGGAAGCCUUGAAGCAGGAAUCCCUGCCAGGAACUUCCAAUAUGAUUCCAGGAAUGCCUCAACAGAGCCCCUCUUCAGAGACACCUGUCUCCAGCCAGGUUUACUUGAACACUGGAACCCCACAAUAAAUAAAUUACCAGGCUGUUUAGCAUGAAAUUGCUCUUGAAAUCCAUCCUGGCUCCGAAUCACCUCCCUAGGUUAUAGAAGGUGGAUGAUUCUGAUGAUGCUUCUCUCAAAGCUGCUGCAAGCUGAGAAAGUGGCCAACUCAAAGAGCUCUUACUUGAAGAUGAUUAGCUAUGUGGAUUAAACCAAGAUAUGAGAGACUGUGGAAGGAGGUGUCUACAGGGACUCUCCAACCCAAGUCUUGUCCUGAUAACCAUGAAAACCCCUUAAUUGUGUGAAGAUUUGAACUACAUAUAGGGUAAAAUAAACUCAUAAAAAAGAUUUAAAAUAAGU